GGACUGCGCCUUCCGACCGAGGACUUCUCUUUCUAAAAAGAAACUCGGCGGCGGCCUCCAGCCAUGACUGUCACCGGGACGGCGGCGGCAGGCCGCACAUUUUGGGGCUUCCUGCGGCCGCUUCCUGUCCUGUGGUUCUGUGUCUUCCCCGCAGAUUUCUUGAUAGUGGAGAUGGAAGCGAAGAUUCAGACUGUGUUGCUGAAUGACAAUGUCACCAUCUCCUGCAAGGUCCCUGGUUCCACACCCCUGAACAUCAACAUUAUGGGUGUUAUCUGGUAUCGGAAGCACCAGGCGAAUGAAGCAGAGCACAAGGUGUUUGAAAUGUAUGGAAACUAUCAACAGGCGUUCAGACCCGGGGCCAGCAUGUCUCGAGCGGGGCUAGAGAAGGGGGACGUCUCACUGCACCUUCCUGGAGUCCAGCUGAGGGACGCAGGAGAGUACCGAUGUAAGGUGGUGGUCACCCCCGAGCAGGCCCAGGAAACAGUCUUUCUAAAUGUUUUGGCUUCCCCAGAGUGCAUCUUGUUUCAAGAGCAAGCCAUCGUGAAAGAUGAUGGCAACAAAUAUAUUUUGUGUAAGGCACAUGGGUUCUACCCAGAGAACAUUAUCAUAAUAUGGUAUACAUGGACCCAGGAGAAUCCCCAGGGCCAGGAGAUUUCUGAAGGUAUCACCACUGGUCCAGCCAUCAAGAAUGAAGACGGCACAUUUAACAUCACCAGCCUUUUGAGGCUGGGACACAAUGUGACCACCUGCCAAUGUAUGAUAAGUCACAUAUCCUUGUCCACCUUCUGCAGAUUGAACUUCACCCAGUUUCAGAGAGGAUCUGAGAUGGGAUAUGCCUGGGAAACUACUGCGAUUUGUAUUAUUACUGGUAUUUAUAUUGUAGUAGCAGCAGCAAUCAUUGGAUGGAUUCGUUGUUUCAAAAAAAGAAAGCGGCUUCUCAGAAGACACGAACUACCACAAGAAAAGCCUGAAGAAUUGAAACUCGGUGCUUUCACUGAGGUGCAUUCAUGAUGUCUUCAGUUGGAGGAGCACUGGAAAAUCGGCAGUUCUUACACAGACAGAUAACAGAAACCACACGCUUUCUCAGAGAAUGUGUAAGUAAUUGACUUACUUUUCCCGAUGACUGCCAGAGCCUCCUCAAGAGUAUACUGUUCAAGCUGCCCUCCUGGAUAGCCUCUGGCCAAUCAUCUCUUUCCAAGAACAGGAGAAAGCAACACUUUCCAAAGAAGAUAUACAAAUGGCCAGCAUGGGUAUAAAAAGGUGCUUAACAUCAUUAAUACUCAGGGAAAUGCAAAGCAAAACAAUGAGACAUCACCUCAUGCCUCUUGGAAUGUCUACUAUCAAAAAGACAAGAAAUAAAAAGUAGUGGUAAGGAUAUGAUCAAAAGGGAAGACUUGGGUACUGUUGGUGGGAAUAUAAAUGGGUACAGCCAUUAUAGAAAACAGUAUGGAAGUUCCAAAAGAAUUAAAAAUGGAACUACUAUAUGAUCCAGCAAUUUUACUUCUGGGUAUUUAUCUGAAGGAAAGGAAAAUUCUAACUUGAAAAAUUAUCUGUACCUCCAUCUUUAUUGCACCAUUACUUACAAUAGCCAAGAUAAUGGAAUCAACUUGUGUCAUCAAUGGAUGAGUGGAUAAAGAAAAUGUGAUACACUCCUACACACACAGUCAUGUGCCACUUAACAAAGGGGAUGCAUUCUGAGAAAUAUAUUGCUAGGCAAUUUCA